AACGCGCAUAAAUGAACUCGAUUUCGAAUUCAUCGAUGGAGGGCCUGACCUGGAGCAGCAGUUGGAUAGCGUGGACAGCUGGACUGCCCUCAGAGAAGCCGUGGAGCUAUCCUUGAGCCGGCAAAACUUGGACACGCACCUGUGGUGGCGCCACGCUGCGGAUGCCCGCAAGCGCCUUCUGGAUGGGAAGUCUACCAUCCGGAGUUCUGAAGAUGCUGCCGAUGCUACGGCCGUGAUUUUGGCAUGUGCUCGGGCGAAAGUAGUUCUGGAAGGAUCCUGGGUUGACGUCUGGUACUGUGUGGAGCUUGCAGAUUUGGCGAGGGCAAUGGCGGCCUACGCCUGCGUGGGUCUGCCGGCUACUCGUCCCUCGCUGGAUGAUCCAGUAUUCCAGGAAGUGGAAUCCCAAUUGCAGCAUCUGGAAGUCUCUGCCCAUGAUGCAGCUAUCAUUCUUUGUGCGCAGCGACGGUGCGGACGACUGUCUGCUGAAGUUGUCAGGGACCUCUGGCGGAGAUCUAUGGAUGGCAGGUUAAGCGAGUUGAGUCCGAUCCUUUUGGCUGCA